AUACCAAUCGAUUUAUUAUAAUGCAAGGAAUGCAAUAAUUUUAUGUUUAAACUUGAAUUUAAACAAACACAAUUUUUUUAUGUAUAUUAAUUUCAGUGUUACUGCUUCCUCCAUGAGGAAGCAAAUUUUUUGCAUCAUAUAAUGAGGAAGCAAAAUGUUCAUGAAAUGAACAUAAAGGACACCCUACUUGUUUGCUUUCUCUCACUCUUUGAAUUUUGGACACUAUAAAAUCAAUUUUUGACAGUAUCUUCCUAACAGUCUAAGUUUAACUGUCGCUUAGAAUAUUUGACAAAGAAAAAUCAUUUUGCAAAAAUUUUAUUAGUUAUCAUAGUUGUAUUUCAACAUUUAUAAGUCUUCAUUAACAUGUCUCCAAUCUUUACGUUUACAUUACUUUUGUCCAUUGCUGCAAUUCAUUGCCUGCCGGCGAACAAUCAACGUCAAUGUGGACCCAAUGAAAUUUUCGACAGGUGUGGAGUUUCAAGUUCUUGUCACAACACAUGCCUCAUUCCAAAUAAUUGGAAGUGUGUAAAUGACUUGGUUUGUCAUCCUGGCUGUGAAUGCAAAGAAGGAUAUGUAAGGGAACUUCAGUCCAAUAGGUGUAUUUUACCUUCGCAAUGCCCAAAUAGAGGAUAACUCUAAAUAAUAAAUGUAAUGCAUAAUUUCCUCUUAAUUUUGGUAUCAAAAGUAAUAAUCUUAAUGUAGAAGGGUUUUCCUCUCGAAAAAAUCCUCUUAAAGGAAGAAUAAUAUUCAAAUAUUUUGACAAGUUGAAAAUAACCGUAAUACACAUGUUUUGAAUAAAUUAUUAGAAAUAAUGGUUAUGUAUUGAUAAUAAAGUACAGUUUUGACACAUUGAAUUAAAUGUUGAUAUCAAAACCUCAACCUCAAAAAUUCCUAGUGUUAUUAAUGUCAAGAGAACCAAUAAUUUUUUUAAAUUUGAAUAAUAUAAUAAAUAUUUAAUAAGAUUUAAUUAUUUACAUUCAAAAAAGGUAAAUUAUAAUAGAUUCCUGGAAUAAAGAUAAUUAAACAUCUCUGAAAAAAAUUUCUUGCUUUUUGCUGAGCAUCAAUACAUUAGAUUUAAUUACAAUAAUAAUAAAAAAUGCUAUAGCCAGUUGCAAAUAUCAAACAAGUUCGACGCAAAUAUUUAAGAAAAUUAGUAAGAAAUGAAGAUUCAUACGAAGCUGUAGUACGCAACGUUUAUGAUAAACGAUUUUUGAAGAAAAAAUUUUUUAAAAUGAAAAAUUCUGUAAUUUUUUAUUUUAAAAAAUUAUUUCUUAAAAAAUCGAUUCAUCGAGAGGUUAUAUUUUCUGUAUUUAUACACAACACUAUUAUUACAAAAUACGAAAAUUGACAGUUUCGAAAAACAAAAGCGCAAAUGUCAAACAGGAAAAAAAUGUAAUCGAUAUCAUGUAUUUACUUUUUCUUUUUUCAAAUAUACUAAAUUUAAUCAGGAAAAUCGUAAUUGAAGAGGAAAAUGCAAAAGUACUCCUUUCGUCAUUGUUCCAUUACAACAAAGAAUAAAAAUAUUCUACAGUGAAAUGGAAUAUUCGUAUUUUAAGAGGAAAUAUUCAGAGGAUUUUAGAAGAGGAAUUUUCCUCUAAAUUUAAGAUUACUUUUUUUUGGGUGCAAUAUAUGCUAUAUAAGUAAGAAAUAUAAUAAUAAAAUAAAUAAUUAUUUACAUCUAAAAAAAUAUUUUGUUUCUUUAAAUUGUAUAAAUAUUGAAAAAAGGAAAUAAAUGAAUUAAAAUGA